AUAACAAACGCCUAGUUUAUGUGCUUGUGCGCGGGUUGGUUGGAGAAAUAAUUUGGCUGGCAUAGCUCGUUUAGUUCGCCCGAAAUCCCACUGUAAUUUGCUCUUUUAUUCCUCCUGGGCCGAGGCCCCUCCCUUCUCCCUUCCUCGGAGGCUCCGCUCGUCUACUUCACUGGUGCAGCAGACCUCCUCCACUCCGUCUUCUUCCCCAAUCUCUCAAUCAAUACCUACUUCUUCUUCUACUCUCUAUCUCUCUGUCGCUCAGCAAUGGAGAGCUUUGCCCUCCACUCCCAUUCAAUCGUCACCACAUCUUUCUCUUAUUCUUCUUCUUCUUCUUCUUCUUCUUCCCUCCGCCGCCGAUCCUGUCCUCUCUUCAAUUAUCCACCUUCCAUUUCCCCGAAUCCCACCCCUCUCUCCAUCUCGGCCCUUCGAUCACCUCCCCCCUCCUCUUCCAUUCCCCUCUUCCCCUUGAAGCACUUCCUCUUCUCCCCUCUCCCAAAACCCCGAAACACCCACAAGCCAAUCCAAGCGUCCCCGUCACCGCCGCCGGCCACCACUAACUCCGACGUCUCUGGUUCCAGUAAAGGUGCCAAACUUAUCCCUUUAUUAAUCUCUGUAUCUAUCGGCUUGGCCGUUCGAUUCUUCGUUCCAAAACCGCCCCAAGUCUCGGCCCAAGCCUGGCAAUUGCUCGCAAUCUUCCUCUCGACGAUCGCCGGGCUGAUUCUCAGUCCUUUGCCGGUUGGAGCGUGGGCAUUUCUAGGCCUCACAACCACAAUUCUCACUAAUACGCUGACAUUUUCGACGGCGUUUGGCGCAUUUACAAAUGAGGUGAUUUGGUUGAUUGUGAUUUCGUUCUUCUUCGCUCGCGGGUUUGUGAAGACGGGCUUGGGGGAUCGGAUUGCGACUUAUUUUGUGAAGUGGUUGGGUAAGAGUACUUUGGGGUUGUCCUAUGGGUUGACAAUCAGCGAGACCCUCAUUGCCCCGGCUAUGCCGAGCACCACCGCAAGGGCUGGUGGCGUGUUUUUGCCGAUAAUUAAGUCAUUGUCGCUUUCGGCGGGUAGUCGGCCUGGUGAUACUUCCUCCAGGAAGCUUGGGUCUUAUCUCAUCCAGUCGCAGUUCCAGUCUGCUGGUAACUCUAGUGCUCUUUUCCUAACUGCAGCAGCUCAAAACCUGUUGUGCCUCAAAUUGGCUGAGGAACUUGGGGUGAUAGUUGCAAGCCCAUGGGUUACUUGGUUCAAGGCUGCUAGUUUGCCUGCUAUUCUUUCUCUUCUAGCAACACCAUUUAUCUUGUAUAAGCUUUAUCCUCCUGAAACCAAAGACACACCUGAUGCCCCUGCAAUGGCUGCAAAGAAAUUGGAGUACAUGGGUCCUAUCUCAAGGAAUGAAUGGGUGAUGGUUGGUACAAUGCUGCUUGCAGUUUCAUUGUGGGUUUUUGGAGAGGCUCUUGGUAUAGCAAGUGUCGCUGCUGCCAUGCUUGGCUUAUCAAUACUACUAUUGUUGGGAGUGCUUGAUUGGGAUGAUUGCUUGAGUGAAAAAUCAGCAUGGGAUACCUUGGCUUGGUUUGCAGUUCUAGUUGGCAUGGCAGGCCAAUUGACAAACCUUGGUAUUGUAACUUGGAUGUCUGAUUGUGUGGCUAAGUUGCUUCAGUCUCUCUCUUUAAGCUGGCCAGCUGCAUUUUGUGUUCUUCAAGCAGCGUACUUCUUCAUCCAUUACUUAUUUGCAAGCCAGACUGGCCAUGUGGGGGCUUUAUACUCUGCAUUUCUUGCUAUGCACUUGGCAUCGGGGGUGCCCGGUGUGUUGGCAGCAUUGGCUUUAGCUUACAAUACAAAUCUCUUUGGUGCUUUAACACAUUAUAGCAGUGGUCAGGCUGCUGUAUACUAUGGAGCAAGUUAUGUUGAUCUUCCUGACGUAUUCAAAAUGGGAUUUACAAUGGCCCUUAUUAAUGCUUUAAUUUGGGGAGUAGUUGGGACAUUCUGGUGGAAGUUUUUGGGCCUCUACUGAUUUUCAAAGUCAGUAAGUAAAUGUUAAUUGCUCAGUUGUUGUAUGAUGCCUUUGAAUUUCAGGCAUUAGUGGAGCACAUCAUUUUCUUUUAAAGAAAAAAUUUUCAAAAACAAGCUUUCCUUUUAUUUGAGCUCCUUGACAGUGUUGCGCUGGUGUAAUAGCGCUGAUUUAAACAUUGAAGUUAUUUUUAGUGAAAGAUUAAUUUAAGAAACAAA